GCCGUGCAGAUAUGACUUUUCGGGACGGAGUACACUGUACUAGGUACCUCGGCGGUUGCCUGAACAACACGGCUCGACGUUGAACGGGCUGGGAUUAUUUGGACCCUACCUUAGUUACUGGGUACCUUAGCUUCACUGCCGCACAAAUUGUCGCGCAGCAGGUGUAAUUACUACUACACAUCUAUUCCGAACACUCAAUUGCUUCACCCACUAGCAGUCUUUUGCUUUCUCUUAAUGGGUCUCCGCCCUGAUAUUGGAAUCCCGUCCCAAGUCUUAUUACGGCAUGCUUAAGACGCGAAUACGAAACAUAAGACAAGCAGAUGACUUCACGGAGCAAAGCCGAGGCUGAGGCUGUCAAAGCAGCUGUGGCAUCGACGUCGACAUGCACGGCGGCUACAGCUGUACUUCUUAAAGAGCUACUCGCCACAAGCUCCGACGAUGGCCAUAACGUGAGCGACACUUCUUCAACGGCGACUACCGCGUCGUCUAGAUCAGCCAAGGCACCUCCUCAACGAACAAAAGCACAAACAUCCUCGACGCGACCCGUCGCCGCCAGUGGUACAAAAGAAGAGCUGUCAGCAAAAGAAAAGGCGAUUUUGGCAACACACGUGGUCAAUGUAGCGUUGAAGGCUCUUUCGGGGGCUUCCAAAUCUCCUCCACCCCCGGCGUCGGGGACAGAACCAAGCGAAGGAGAGCAACCUCAACCGUCGGACAGAAAGUUGCAAAGAUCCAUCUCAAGUCCCGUUAUACCGCUUCAACCAAGAUCCCUGAACCGGGUCUCGACUUCCCCCGUAACAACAAGAACCUCGAAGCCCGCCGCGUCGAGGGUCGCAUCACCGUCCACAACAUGUCUUGCCAUGGUCGAGUGCCUCCGCGCGUCUUUCGCCUGCCUAAGGUCCCUACAAAGUUCAGGAAAAACAUCUCUUCCUCAGGGUCAGAUUGAGGCUGGCAUGUCUUCGUUUGUCGGCAAGAUUAUUGGUCUCGGGCUUCACGAGUUGGCUUUCAAGGAAUUGACCAUCCUUAAGGGAAGGUUGGAGACACUGGGCCAACCCAUCACUCGAACGGCAGACAACCCACAACAACCCACCACUGCGACUGGCAAAGCGAAGGGACUUGCUGCACUGCUCAGCUUCGAGAAGGUUCAUUUCUCCGGCUCGAUACUCGGCCUCGUUAUUACUACCCAGUUGCAGAUUUUACGCCUCAUUGCGGCGUCCAAACAGCCGGCUGUGAUCGAAGCCGCCCUGCCCUUCCUGAGGACGAACUGUCCCUCUUCACCAUCAACCCUCCUGCUUCAAUUCGCCAACGAGUCGAGCCAGAACCGAUCCAAGGCAGCUCGCCAACUCGAGCAGUUAGCUCAACUGAUCCUCUCUCUCCCACCCAACGUAUCCAGCAAAGAUGACGCCACGGCCCAGGAAAGCAGGUUAAGUUGUUCCCCCGAAUGUGCUAUCGAGCUCCACGCCACAGGUUUCGAAUGUCGACUACACUGGUGGGCGCUCGCUGGUCACCAGGCCGACAUCGAAGGCGAUCUUCUGAGCCCACUUUCGAGAUGCUUUGCAGCGCUCGCUCGCAGGUGUCAAACCCCAACCAGGACGACUUGUCAGAUUUGCGCCGACGCAUAUCUACGACUCAACUCCGUCAUCGAAGAGAAGCAAUAUACUCAACCUCCCACCACAGCACGGUCGGCCCUCACAUCGAUCCACCAGACUCUGGGCACCGUGGCACAGAAAGCGCGCCUGCAUGCGGAGGCAGCGGCAUGGAUCUCCAAGGUCAAGGCUUGCAUCCUACCCGAACGCGAUUCAGCCGCCAAAUGCUGCGGCAUUGCCGGACAACUUCUGGCCGUGGUAGCCAAGCAAGACCCCCUCCCCGUCGAGCAGCUCGAUCUCCUUCUUCAGGAGGUUCUAGGUGGCUUACAGGGAUCCCUCAAGGGCGACACUGCCGAGUUGGAGGAGCUGAUGGUUCAUCUAACCGCCGCGCGGAGAUCGGUCGUGGGCGUUCUCAUCAACCGAGAGAGGAAGGGCGGAAAGCACUACGACGACAUGCCCGACCGCGUUUUCGAAUCUUGCACCAGGCUCGUCCUUCAGUUUCCCCGUUUCUCGGUGCGGUGGAUUGGCAAACCGCCGGGCCGGGAUGCAGAACCGAAACGCAUCAUACGCUAUGAGCAACGACGGCAGCUCCUUCUCGCAUCUGCGACACAGAUCCUGGAUUCGGCGCUUGUCGUAGUCAAGUCGAAAAUCGAAGAGGGCAGCAUCCUCUGGGAGGAACUCGACCUUGCGCUUCAGGAUUGCCUCUCCCUGCUCGAGGCCGUGGGCGAACCACCCAACGCCCCCACGACGAAAAGCGAUCCCGCCAGCACCUACCAUGUCAAAGUUUCGCAGCUAUACUUUAUGUUCGCCAGUGUUUUACAGCGGAAGGGGGAGAAGGAAGAUGGCAAAUGCGUUUUGCGGGCCCUAAAACGCUCCAUUGACGCUGUUCGGGACCGGUCGAACAAGGAAAAGGAGAGGGCGCAGCUCAUCAAGAAGUUGGAGAGAAUGUCGGAUCUUUGUAGGACGGCUGGACGGCUGAGCGAUGCCCGUGAGGCUCUCAAAUCGAUUUGCACUCGCAUGGUUGAGGACGGCAUCCUCGCCGCUGUUGCCAAUCGCCUCAACCAAGAACCUCCCCCCAUCGCCUGGAACGCCGACCCGAAGACCGAAACGCUUUCUAGGACCCUGGCGGCCAUGGCUAAGCUCGACCCGUCCUGGAGUGAUUGGACUUUUUUUCUCGCUGAUCUCGAGAGGGCUGCGGUGUUGGAGCACUUGAUACAGAUCAUUCUUGGCGACGCUUCGCAGGGCUCCCAAUCGGACCUCCCCGACUCGGCCACGGAUACGCUUCUGCGUCUUUAUUCUACGGAGCGAUUCCCCGUUCGCAGAUUGCGGGUCCUCGUGCAGCUCUUGACUCUUCGUGUUGGAGACGCCCAGCGGUUCCGGGAGAUCCAAGACCAAGCAGAAGCAUCAUUGCAGGCUUGUCAGAGCAAAGUGCUCGGCGAGGACGCCGGUCUGGUGCGAUACGUCCCGUACCUUCGAACCUACUUGAAGUCAUUGACGGCUUUGGUCGAUUCUGAAGCGUGUCUUCAACUGUCCGAGCUGCAAGAUGUCAUGUCCUCCUGGCGGGCCCUAUUCGCCCAAUGCAAGUCGAAGGCAGACGUCUCUGCCCGCGUUGACAACCCGGAGCAGCUGAUGCGGCAUCUCGAGUCGCUUGCCCAGUUUGCCAACCUGAAGGGCGAAGACUCGCUUCAACUGUCGGCUCUGGAGCUCGCGGCCGACGUCUCGCGGAUGCUGCUGUCCGAUAGCUCUGCCGAUUCGGCACUUCGCAGCCACAGUGCUCUGGCGGAUCACUAUGUGUCCCUGGGUUGCGAAUCGAAAGCCCACGACGUGCUGUCCAGGUUGUCUGAACUGGAACGGCCAGAUGAGGCCGAGUUUGAUGCUGCGUGGGCAAGCUUCCAAUUGUCGACGGUAGAGUAUCAACUGGCUAUGCAGAAGUACAACGAGGCGGAAUCGACUCUUUCUCUCGCGCAGCGUGCCUACGAGAAGCAGCCGAACCAGAAGAGCCCCGCCGGCCUACAGAGGAAGCUCCUUGUUGCUCGUGCCGGUCUGCUCUAUACGUUCCUUGCCCUGCACAAGGGGGAGCCACACCAAGCACUGGUAUAUGCGAGAAAUAGUGUUCGCUUGCUGUAUCAUUACUGGACCAAACUGGAAGCUCGCGCGCAGCCGUCUGAGAGCCAUCAGUCAUUGCAUUAUUCGUCUUCCAUCUUUGAGCAAAGCACGCUACAACACUCGCAAGCCAGUGUUCUCCAGCUCUCGGAUGGCCCUGACUACUGGGCUCUUGCCGGUGCUCUACUGCGCAGCCUCCUCCGCCUUUCUGCCAUAUACGUGCACAUCGGCAUGUUCCAGGAGACAUUAUAUUACGCCGAGAAAGCUCUCCAAAUCGCGGACGGGAUCAAUUCAUCUACCCACAGAAUACAGGCGCAAAGCUGGAUUGGCUCUCUCUGGAUCAGGGCCCAUCAACCACAAAAGGGAUUAGAUUUUCUCUCGCACGCCAGGGAGGCCAUCUUCUCCCAGAAACCCACGCGACGCGCCGUGCAGCUUGCAUGCGAGCUAAGUGUCUCCUACGGGCUGGCCAGAGACCUAGCCAGCGAGUCGCAGUUGAUUGAAUCAGCCGAGGCCAUGCUGAGAGAACUGGAGCCGGAAGACGACACGUGCUUGCCCGUAGUCAAGUCGGCUGGGGCCGAAGCUGUCACCGAGAAGAUGGAGAAGCUAACGCUCAAGGAGACGGCAACUCGCACGACGAGGAAGACCAGGGCGACUGGACCGACGACGAGGAUGGCGGCGACGAUGAGGAUGACGAGGGCAAAGGAACAAAACGUUGCAGCAACUACGGCGGGCCGGUCUACCCAGAAGACUACCUCGGGCAGGACCAGAGGUAAAACGGCAAAGGCGGCGGUCACGGUCACGGUCGCGGCCGCGGCCGCCACUCCAGACGACGACGCAGCUCCCACCUUGCCGCCACCCAUACUCAUCAGCAAGGCUCUGGUGCUUCUCGACCGAAAGGAAUGGACUACUGCUCUGGCCUUACUCGAGGAAUCGCAGCAGGUGCCGGCGGGGUUGAGGAAGUCACUGGAAGUCCAGGUGCACAAAGGUAUCUGCCUGAUCGGGCAGAGCUUGGAUCAGAUGACUCGCGACCCGGUCUUUGCCGUUGUUCAGGAUUCGACAGUUUCAUUUCCAUCCGUUUCUGCGGUGGCAAGUUCAGAGAAGGCUGCCGUUGGUAUGGCGGCGGCGACUGUCGUGUCCCCCGUCGCCCGAAAAUCUCGCGGAAGGGCUGCCGCUGCUGCUGCCGCCGCCGCGGCCGCUAAUCGGUCGUCGAAAGAGGGCGUUGCUGGUUUCGCGGAAAUCCUGCAGCAGGCUCUGGCGUGCCUGUCAGAUGCGCACUCCAUGGCGGUCGUGGCCGGGGACGGCAGCCUGGUGCAUCGUAUUUCGGCGCUGCUUCAGCACGCCACCAUCCUGCUCUCGGUCGCCUCGCCACCCGGUUGGAAAGGAACACCAUACAUGGGGUUUGCUACCUGCUCGAUGGAGGUCGCCAGAAACGUGACGUGGAAGCGCGAAGUGAAGACCAUCGCGACCGAACAGGACGCGUCUCGGCCGAACGACAUGGCCUGGCCCGAGGCGCUGGCGCUCGACGAGGCCCGUCGCCUGAGCUCCGGCGUCGCGAAUGACGUGGCCGGGUUUCAGCGCGACUACAUCGACAUUCUCCCCUCGACGUGGAGCGUGAUCUCGGUGUCGCUGAGUGAGAACCGGCACGACCUUUGCAUCACCAAGCUUCAGGCGGACCACAGCCCAUUCGUCCUGCGGCUCCCUCUGGAGCGGGCCAUCUCCCGAGACGCGGAUAACGACGUCUUCAGCUUUGAGCAUGGCCGCGCGGAGCUCAUGGAAAUCAUCCGCCUCACCAACGAGAGCUGUCACGAUAAGCGCGACUGGUCCGUCAAAGGAGCCAAGACAGCUUGGUGGCAGGAGAGGGAGGGGCUCGACAAGAGACUGCAGCAGCUCCUGGAGAACAUGGAGCAGGUCUGGCUCGGCGGAUUCAGGGGGAUUUUCUCCCAGCACCAGCGGCGGGCGGAUUUGUUAGCCAGGUUCCAAAAGUCCUUCCAGAAUAUACUGGGCAAGAACCUUCCAUCCCGGAGGCAGGUGGCGGGGAGGAAGGUGAACAAGGCGCCCAAAAUCACGCUCGACUCGCGGAUCCUCGACCUCUUCAUUGGGUUGGGUGACCCGACGGCGACGGAGGAUGACGGCGACUUGGAAGAUGCUCUGACCGAUUUGUUGUACUUCGUCGUCGACGUGCUUCAGUUUCACGGGGAGAGGAACGCGUACGAUGAGGUCGAUUUCGAUUCGAUGGUCAUAGAGACCCAGGACGCCCUGCACGCCUACCACACGGCGGCCAAUGGUUCCCAAGGACCGACGGAAGGGGCGCACACGAUUCUCGUGCUCGACAAGGCACUUCACGCUUUCCCUUGGGAAUCCCUGCCGUGCAUGGACGGUCUGGCGGUGUCUCGAGUCCCUUCGAUGGCUUGCCUGCGGAGGCUCGUUCGGGAACGGGAGUCGGGCGCUGCGGGUGCGGGUGCGGGUGCGGGUGCGGGUGCGGGUGCGGACGGGGCCCAGAAGCAGCAGUCAUGCAAGGACGAUCCGGCGCACGGCCACACGGUCUCUCCGGAAAACGGAACGUACAUUCUCAACCCGGGCAACGACCUGCCCAACACGCAGGCGACGUUCCAGAAACCGCUGCAGGCGACGCUGGGCCGGACGUGGACGAGCAUCGUGUCGCGGGCCCCCUCGGAGGAGGAGUUUGAGCGGACGCUCCGGGCGUCGGACAUUCUGCUCUACUUUGGGCACGGCAGCGGAGCGCAGUACGUGCGCAGCAAGACGGUCCGACGGCUCGGGAAAUGCCGGGCGACGGCGCUGCUGAUGGGCUGCAGCUCGGCGAGCCUCACGGACGCGGGCGAGUUCGAGGUCCACGGGCCGGUGUGGAACUACAUGAUGGCCGGGUGUCCGGCGGUGGUGGGCACGUUGUGGGACGUGACGGACAAGGACAUUGAUCGGUUUGCGGGGCAGAUGUUUGAGGAGUGGGGGCUGGUGAAGCGCGGCACGUUCCCGACGGACAAGUGGACCGAGAAGAGGAGAAGAGGAGGAGGAGGAGGAGGAGGAGGGCGAGGAAGGGAGACAGAGGAGGGGUCGACAUGCCUCGUGGAGGCUGUGGCGCGCGCAAGGGAUGCUACCCGAUUUAGGUAUAUCACUGCCGGUGCGGUCUGUGUUUAUGGUAUCCCGGUGUACAUUCGCAAGAACGGAGGAGUAGGAGGGGAGUGACGGUGGUUCUGGAGUCAUGAUGGUGGAACGAUAAAGCCAUUUUGCAUUGCUUCGGCGUUGGGCGAGUUUGGUUCAUAGCCUGGCG